AUGGGUUUUGAUGAUAAAUGGAUCAAUCUGACCACAUUGUAUGUGAAGACUGUGUCUUUCUCAAUUUUGGUGAAUGGAGAGCUUAAAGGACCUGUUUUCCCCACUCAAGGCUUGAGGCAAGGGGAUCUCAUUUCCCCUUAUUUGUUCCCGUCAUGCACGGAAGGUCUAAUUGCACUACUGACAACUUUGCAGACGAGUUUAAACAUUCAAUACUUGCUAGAAAUUUAUGAGCAAGCCUCUGGUCAGAAGGUGAGUCAAGAGAAGACUUCUAUGGUGUUUAGCAAAAAUGUUCCCCAUAGUCAGGAAGAGGAGAUCAUGGAUUUUUGGGGGAUCCAGCACUACCAUCAAUAUGAGAAACACUUGAGACUCCCUCCUAUGGUUGGCAAAAGAAAGAAAAAGACUUUUUCUGAUCUGAAGCAUAAAGUGUGGACUGAGCUCAAGGGGUGGAAAGCGAAGCUACUAUCUCAAGGAGAUAAGGAAGUACUGAUCAAGGCAAUGGCUUUAUCAAUCCCCACUUAUACAAUGAGUUGCUUUAAACUCCCUAGUACUCUAUGUUAUGAGCUAGAAAAUCUUAUGGCUAAAUUUUGGUGGGAUCAGAAGAAGGAUGAAAAUAAGAUGCAAUGGUCCAAUGCAGCUGUUGGUCAAGAAAACGUGUUUGUGGCAAGUCUUAUUGAUGCUAAUACUAAGUGGUGGAAUGUGGACAAGGAAGGCAAGGUUUUUCUGACUCCCAGACAAGAGAUGGAAGAAGCCUUCCUUUUUGCCUUUGCUUUUGAUUUGAAAAAUAACUGA